AAGGAAUAGUCAAGUCAAUUCCUACUAGGAAGUGCUUGAACUGAUCUGUUCAUUUUAAUUUGUUUGGGUUGGUUCUUUUAUUACUUUUCUUGGUCGUUCCUUUGUGUCUUUCUGUUUCCUUUAACUCUUGCAGAUUUGUUGGAGUUAGAUUGCUGCAAAAUAACUUGAAUUGAGCUUGUUUAGUUCAAUAACGAACUGAAAGUGGAAAGUUGAGUGAGGGAAAAAGGCAAGAGGUUUCAAUCAUGUCAAGCGGUGAUGACAGAAAACAAACACCAAGUGGAUGAUUCCUUCAUGCUCAAAGCUAUGCAACAAUAAUUUCAGAGGCUAGACAUCAUGUUUGGUGAAAUUAAAGACAAAAUGGAGAAGAAAGAUGCAGCCAUUGCCAAGUUAUACCAAAUACAGAAUGGAAGUCCAAAUUUGCAUAAUCACGAUCUUGAUGACAAUGAUGAAGACGCAUUCAACGAUGAUGCCCAGAACUCAAAUUUCAGCAUGGACAGAUUUAUGAGAGGUAGAGGGGGUCAAAGACAUAGAUUUAACAAAGGAGACCAAAAUCUGGCAAGGUGGGGAGAUCGGCAAGAUCAAGACUUAGGCAGCAUCAAGAUGAAGAUUCCUCCGUUUCAAGGGAAAAAUGAUCCAGAUGUGUAUUUGGAGUGGGAGAAGAAGGUGGAAUUGGUGUUUGAUUGCCAUAACUAUUCUGAGGAGAAAAAGGUGAAACUAGCAGCGGUGGAAUUUACUGAUUACGCUGUGGUGUGGUGGGAUCAGCUUGUGCUUAGUUCCUCAUCUUCUUGGAAACUGAAUUGGAGCAAAAAGGAAGAAAAUUCUGUUUUUAAGCCUAAAACUGCAGCAUUUAAGUCAAAAGAAGUUGGCAGCAAUGAGAAGAGUAAAACAGAUAGGGGGCAUGUUGCAUCGCAAUGUCCUAAUAAGCACACGAUGAUCUUGAGAGAAGAUGGAGAAAUAGAAACAGAGGGUGAAUCUGAUGAUGACUCUAUGCCACCAUUGGAAGAUGCGGAUGAUGGCAUGGAAUAUGCUGUUGAUGGAGAACUGCUUGUCACCAGGCGUGCUUUGAAUGUAAAUAAGCAAGUUCUGGUUUCAUUCUCUAUCAGACAAUAUAAGGAUGAGGUACUGUGCGACGUGGUUCCCAUGCAUGCUGGACAUUUACUUUUGGGGAGACCAUGGCAAUAUGAUAAGAGAGUGACACAUGAUGGCUUCAAAAAUCGCUAUUCAUUUGUCAUGGAGGGGAAAACAAUUACUCUUGCACCAUUGAGCCCAAGGCAGGUUUAUGAGGAUCAACUGAGACUAAAAAAAGAGAGUAAGCUGAGAAAAGAGAGUGAGCUUGAGGGUAUGAAAAACAGAGAGAAAACAGUAGAGAAAGAGUUAAAAAGGAGAGAAAAGAUCAAGAGUGUUGAAAACAAAGAGAGAAAAUCAGUGAGUGUUUCUGCAAAAGAAAGUGAUGUCAAGGCUGCGUUCUUGGCAAAGCAGCCUAUGUUGGUGCUUCUGUAUAAAGAUGCUUAUUUCAACACUAACGAACUUAAUGAUUCUUUGCCUAGUGUUCUUAAAUCUCUUUUGCAGGACUUCAAGGAUGUGUUUCCAGAAAUCCCUUGUUGUGCUGUGGGUCUCAUUGUUCUCUUUGGGGUUCUCAUCAAAUGUGUUGUUGAUGCACUUUCUGGCAGGUUUAAUCCAUUAACUCCAUUGGAUUUAUCUCCUUUACCAAUGUCUGAGCGCUUUAAUUUACAUGGCAAAAAGAAAGCUGAUUUUGUGAGGCAGAUUCAAGAAAAGGCAAGACUCAACACUGUGAUGGGAAUCAAGACGACAGCAUAUCUACUACGUCAUGUGAUCCAUUACACACCCAAGGAGGUCCAGUCACGUGAGCUAGAGCUAAGAAGAUGCGUGAAGCUUUAAAUGGCCUUAUUGAGCAGAUCUGGGUUGAAAACAACAUACAACAAGCAAAUCAAAGCUUGGAUGAUUAUCAAGGCAUGAUAAACAUCAUUCAAGUUC